CUCUUUUUUUUUUUAUCUCUUCGACUAGAUCCUCUCUCCCAACUCAUCAUCCGUUCACCCCACCUACGACAUUUCUCCUCAUUCGCCUUUGUGAUUUCAUCAUUCGAACUCUUCAUCUAUUUCAUUCAUCCCGUUUAGACAUACCAUACAUAUUUUCAUCAUGACAAAGUGCCUUACCGUUGAAGUCGGCCCUACAGACGUCCAGGGCGAGACCCGUAUCCGCCGCUCAGUCCUCUCAGCCAAGCGUCUCAUGUCCACACCUUCAGACGAAAUUAAGACUCUCUAUGAUGUUCUCAAUUACUCUGUCAAGGUCCGUCCUAACCUCAACGCAAUUGGUUAUCGCAAGGUCGUCAAGAUUGUUGAAGAGGAAAAGGAAGUAACCAAGAUUGUCGGAGGCGAAGAAGUUAAGGAAAAGAAGACCUGGAAGUUCUUCAAGAUGUCAGGCUACCACUGGUUGACGUACAAAGACGCUAAACAGGUUGUCGAUAGCAUUGGCUGUGGUCUCCGUAAAUUCGGUCUUCAACCCAAGGACAGGAUUACCGUUUUCGGUGCUACAAGCGCCAACUGGCUCUUGCUCGCUCAUGGUGCCUUCACCCAGUCCAUUACCAUUGUCACUGCUUACGACACCCUUGGUGAAGAUGGUCUUUUGCACUCAAUGAACGAAGCUGAGAUCACUGUUGCCUACACCAAUGCUGACUUGCUCAACACCAUCAAGAAUGUUGCUGGCAAGUGUCCUACUUUGAAGAAGAUCGUCUACGAUGGUGAUGCAAAGGCAUCUGAUGUCAUUGCUCUCAAGGAGGCACAUCCCCACCUCGAGCUCAUCACCCUCGAGGAGUUGAAGCAGCUUGGUGUUGAUAACCCUGUUGAGCCCACUCCUCCCGCUGCAAAGGAUUACUGCUGUAUCAUGUACACCUCUGGAUCAACUGGCAACCCUAAGGGAGUGCUACUGACCCACGGAAACUUGGUUGCUGCUAUUGGUGGAGUCAACAAGAUGCUGACUAAAUAUAUUCAUGAAGGAGAUGUCCUGCUCGCAUAUCUGCCUCUUGCUCACGUUCUCGAGUUUUUGGUCGAGAAUGUUUGCUUGUUCUGGGGUGUCACUCUUGGAUACGGUACUGUACGUACUCUGACUGAUGCCUCAGUCCGCGAGUGCCAAGGUGAUAUUAAGGAGCUUCGUCCCACCCUUAUGACUGGUGUCCCUGCUGUUUGGGAAACCAUCCGUAAGGGAAUCUUGGCCCAGGUUAACCAGGGAUCGCCCCUUGUCCAGAAGGUCUUCCAUGCUGCCUUGAAUGCCAAGGCUUGGUGCCAGGAUCGCAAAUUGAAUGCAUUGACUGGAAUCUUUGAUGCUGUUGUCUUCAACAAGGUCAAGCAACAGACCGGAGGACGUCUUCGCUUUGCUCUUUCUGGAGGUGCUCCCAUCUCUCAGGAAACUCAGCGCUUCUUGACCGCUGCCCUGGUGCCUAUUCUUCAAGGAUACGGCAUGACGGAGUCUUGUGGAAUGUGCGCUAUCUUGACCCCCGAUGUUUUCAACUACGGCCGUGUUGGUUCCCCUGUACCCUGCACAGAAGUUAAACUUGUGGAUGUGCCCGAUGCUGGAUAUUUCUCGACGGACAAGCCUAAUGCCCGUGGUGAGGUUUGGAUUCGUGGACCUUCCAUCACUGCUGGAUACUUCAAGAACCCAGAGGAAACUUCCGCAACAUUGACUGCUGACCGCUGGCUCAAGACAGGUGAUAUUGCAGAGUGGCACCCCGAUGGCACCAUUUCGAUCAUUGAUCGUAAGAAGAAUUUGGUCAAACUGUCGCACGGAGAGUACAUUGCUCUUGAGAAGCUCGAAUCUGUCUACAAGAGCACAGCCUACUGCAAUAACAUUUGCGUCUAUGCUGACUCUAUGCAGUCAAAGCCUGUUGCCAUUGUUGUUGCUAGUGAACCCCGCAUUCUAGAAUUAGCCAAAUCGAAGGGUAUUCAGACUAAGGAUUUUGCCGCUCUCUGCCAAGACAAAGUCAUCGUUAAGGCUGUUCUCGAUGCCUGCCUCGCCACCGCCAAGCGUGCUGGCCUUAAGCCUGCUGAGUUAUUGCAGGGUGUGUACUUGGAACACGAGGAAUGGACUGCUCAAAGUGGUUUGUUGACUGCUGCUCAAAAGUUGAAGCGCAAGGAGAUUAACCAGGCAUAUGUCAGUCAGAUUAAGGCCCUCUAUGCCUAAAUCCAACGAACUAAACCACACCUGUAUUAUGGAUGACACAAACACACAAACGAAAAACAUCAUUGCUCGACAUUAUCGCUGUUUAUUUUCAUUAAUCCUCUAUACCCAUCUUCCCUACAUGACGAAUACUAUAUGCAUUUUGUUUUUUUUUUCUUUUAUCUCCGUAGGAUGAUGUCGCUUCUAUUGAAAAAUAAAAAAUAAAAAAUAUGAAGAAAAUAAAGUUGAAUAUGUAUAUA